AUGUUGGCUGACAGUUUUAGGCUGGACUUUACUGGGUUUCGUUGGCGAUAUAUAGAGCAUUCUUCCAUCCACUUUGCAAGUACCCUGGGCCCUUUAUUAACCAAGGGCCAGUUACCCUUUUACGCGGAAGCCCUUUUCCAAAAAUACGGCACAACGGUUAAAAUAGGUCCCAAUAACGUUGGCUUUAUUGGGGCGAGCGUAUGGAAAAACAUUUAUGGCAUGCACUUCCGGCAUUAA